UAUCGUCAUCUCCCCCCCCCAGCAACCGCGCCUCCUUCUACAAAAAUAAGUCAAGAAAGAAGCACUAAAGAGUUUGCCGCCGCCGCCUGCCAGCCCGCGCGUUACACCAGUUCGUUAAGCUGCCAGCCCGUCGUUGCAGAAACCGUCACUGGUGCGAGUGUGGGAUUGUCCCCGACCUAAACUAAAACACCAAAACCGUUCUUCAUAUAUCUAACGGAUAGGAACUGGUCUUGAGAGCGGUUUUUUCAGUCUCUUUCUUGGCUUGAUACCGAAUACAACCAACCAACACCUUUUGUGUACUUUUCCUCGGGCAACUUAUUUUGGUUCGCCAGUUAUUUUUUUUUUUUUGGAAUUAUUGGUCCCUUGUGUGUUGGUUUCUUUUGACGUUGUUGCUUGUUCUUCUUGGUGGUGUAUUUUCCCUCCCGGUACGCAUUAUUUGACACAAUGAAGAGAGUUGGGGGCAAGUCGUUGGUGGCCUCGGCGUUGCUGGGUGCCAGCCUGGUACAAGCCGACCCUCAGAGCAUUUGUGCCACCGACAACAUCUGCUACAGCAUCGCCGUUCCCACCUCCUCGGCAAGCUCAAAUUCGGGCAACAUCUACUUCCAGUUGAAGGCGCCAACGUCGUACUCAUGGGUGGCUCUGGGCACCGGCUCGCAGAUGGCUGGCGCCAGCAUCUUUGUCAUGUACCAGGACGGCAACGGCAACGUGACGAUUUCGCCACGCCUGGGAACUGCCCACAGUCAGCCCCAGUGGGACCAGAGCAGCACAGCGGCGCAACUGACGUUGCUCGCUGGAAGCGGUGUUGCUGGUGGAAUCAUGACGGCGAAUGUUGCGUGUGCGAACUGCGAGUCCUGGAAUGGGGGUGACAUGUCUCUUCAGGGGACCAGCGUGCCUUGGAUCGCAGCCUGGAGAUCGGGAUCUUCGUUGGCGACGACAAAUAAGGGCGCCACCAUCUCUCAGCACGGAGGUAGCGACCAUACCGGGUUCAAUAUCGAUUUGACUACGGCAACCAUCAGCUCCGAUAGUAAUCCUUUCCUUACCUCCCGCGACACUGGUGGUGGCGAUGGUUCCGGUUCCAGUUCCGGUUCACCCGCAGGAGGCAAUGGGAUAACGCUGGCUAGAGGAAACCCCAAUGCCGCCGCGAUUCUCGCAGCUCACGGUGUUAUCGGGGCUUUGGUUAUGGCAGUGCUUUAUCCUUUGGGCUCCCUUCUUAUGCCGCUUCUUGGGAGAUGGUAUGUCCAUGGAGCGUGGCAGGUGAUCACUUUUGCUCUGAUGUGGGCGGCUUUCGGUCUCGGUGUUCAGAGCGCCAAGGACCGGAAUAUGCUCUUCACACAGACGCACACGAUUCUCGGUACCGUGGUUGUUGCCUUCUUUGGGGUACAGCCUGCGCUCGGCUACAUUCAUCAUCGUCAGUAUGUUCAGACGCAGAGCCGCGGUGCCGUCAGUUACGUACACAUCUGGCUCGGCCGGAUCCUGAUGCUGCUAGGCAUCAUCAACGGUGGGUUGGGCCUCCGGCUUGUCGGAGAGCGGCAAGAGCUCGUGAUCGCCUACGGCGUGGUUGCCGGUGUUAUAUUCCUAUGUUAUAUUCUUGCCAAGGUGUUUACGGUUAUUGGGGCUCAGAAGGCACAGGGGAGGAGCUAUAAGGAAGAUCGAGUCCCUGGCAACAUGAGGAGGCCGUACCAAGAGUCGAGGCGGCAUGGUGGGAGGUAUGCUUAG